AUGGAAUCUUCAGCAGAGACGACUUCACCAACACCAUCGGUGUCAUCUAUGACUGAGACUUCAUCAGAAACCCAUCCAACAAUGACAGACACGUCAGUAAAGACUGAGGUGUCAUCAGGAGUGCAUUCUACACAAACUCAAGUCUCAGCAGUAACAGUGUCUUCAUCAGAGACACAUCCAACAACAAUACUACCAAAAUCAACUGCAGCAUCCUCAUCAGAACCCCAUUCAAAAUCACAAGGCACAUCGAUAACUGCUUCUACAUCAGAAAUCAGUCAUUCAACAGCGGAAGUGUCACCCAUAACUGAAGCUUCUUCACAAUCUCAUCCAACAAGGACGCAAGUCUCAUCAACAACUGCGUUUUCACCAGUAAUCAGUCCAGCAACAUCACAAGUGUCGCUUGUCACUGAAUCGUCAUCAGAAACCUACCCAGCAAACAUAUCUGUGUCAUUGGUAACUGAAUCUUCAUCAGCAAUGCAUACAAAAACAAGAGAAGUAUCCUCAGUGACUGAGUCCUCAGAAGAACCCACUGCAACAACAGCAGAACUGUCGUCGAUGACUGAGACUUCAUCAGGAUCCCAUCCAUCAACAACCCACACAUCCCUGAAAACUGAACCAUCGGCAGAAACCAAUCCUACAAUGACAUACAUGUCAUCAAUAACUGAGUCUUCAUCAGAAACUAAAACACCAACACAAGCAUCAUCAACAACUCUACCUUCAUCAGAAAUAUACACCAAACCAACACAAGUGUCAGCAGUAACAGUGUCUUCAUCAGAGACACAUCCAACAACAACACUACAAUCAUCAAAUGCAGCAUCCUCAUCGGAAACCCAUUCAAAAUCACAGGGCACAUCGGUUACUGCUUCUACAUCAGAAAUCAGUCAUUCAACAGCAGAAGCGUCACCCAUAACUGAGGCUUCUUCACAAUCGCAUCCAACAAGGACACAAGUACCCUCAGAAACUGAAUUUUUAACAGAAACCAGGCCAGCAACAUCACAAGUGUCACCUGUAACGGAAUCUUCAUCAGAAACCAGUUCAACAAUAGCACACAUCUCAUCUAUAACUGAGUCUUCAUCAGAGCCCCACCCAACAAUGACACAACCUUCAGUAAUCUCCAAGUCUUCAACAGAAUCGCACCCACCAAACUCUUCAGUAUCACUGGUAACUGAAACUUCAUCAAAAACCCAACCAACAAUUACACCAUUAUCUUCCACAAUGGAAUCUUCAGCAGAGAUGACUUCACCAACACCACAGGUGACUGAAACUUCAUCAGAAGCCCAUGCAACCAUGAUAAACACAUCAGUAAACACUGAGGUGUCAUCAGGAGUGCAUCCUACCCCAACAGAAACCAAUUCAACAACAGCACACAUCUCAUCUUUAACUGAGUCUUCAUCAGAGCCUCAACCAACAAUGACACAACCUUCAGUAGUCUCAAAGUCUUCAGCAGAACCGCACCUACCAAACUCUUCAGUAUCACUGAUAACGGAAACUUCAUCAAAAACCCCACCAACAAUGACAGCAUUAUCGUCCACAAUGGUAUCUUCAGCAGAGCCGACUUCACCAACACCACCGGUGUCAUCUAUGACUGAGACUUCAUCAGAAACCCAUCCAACAAUGACAGAGAAAUCAGUAAAGACUGAGGUGUCAUCAGAAGUAUAUCCUACACCAACUCAAAUCUCAGCAGUAACAUUGUCUUCAUCAGAGACAUAUCCCACAACAAUACAACCAUCAUCAAAUGCUGCAUCCUCAUCAGAAACCCAUUCAAAAUCAAAAGGCACAUCAGUAACUGCUUCUAAACCAGAAAUCAGUCAUUCAACAGCUGAAUUGUCACCCAUAACUGAGGCAUCUUCACAAUCUCAUCCAACAAUGACACAAGUACCAUCAGAAACUGAGUUUUCAACAGAAACCAGGCCAGCAACAUCACAAGUGUCACCUGUAACUGAAUCUUCAUCAGAAACCAGUUCAACCACAGCACACGUGUCAUCUAUAACUGAGCCUUUAUCAGAGCCACACCCAACAAUGACACAACCUUCCGUAGUCUCCAACUCUUCAGCAGAACCGCACCCAACGAACACUUCAGUAUCACUGAUAACUGAAACUUCAUUGAAAUCCCAACCAACAACACCAUUAUCAUCCACAAUGGUAUCUUCAGCAGAGACGACUUCAACAACACCACAGGUGUCACCUAUGACUGGGACUUCAUCAGCAACCCAUCCAACAAUGACACCAUUAUCAUCCACAAUGGAAUCUUCAGCUGAGACAACUUCACCAACAGCACAGGUGACUGAAACUUCAUCAGAAACCCAUGCAACAAUGAUACACACAUCAGUAAACACUGAGGUGUCAUCAGGAGUGCAUUCUACCCCAACUCAAGUCUCAGCAGUAACAUUGUCUUCAUCAGAGACACAUCCAACAACAAUACUACAAUCAUCAAAUGCAGCAUCCUCAUCGGAAACACAUUCAAAAUCACAAGGCACAUCGGUUACUACUUCUACAUCAGAAAUCAGUCAUUCAACAGCAGAGGUGUCACCCAUAACUGAGGCUUCUUCACAAUCGCAUCCAACAAGGACACAAGUACCCUCAGAAACUGAAUUUUCAACAGAAACCAGGCCAGCAACAUCACAAAUGUCACCUGUAACGGAAUCUUCAUCAGAAACCAGUUCAACAAUAGCACACAUCUCAUCUAUAACUGAGUCUUCAUCAGAAACUAAAACACCAACACAAGCAUCAUCAACAACUCUGCCUUCAUCAGAAAUAUACACCAAACCAACACGAGUGUCAGCAGUAACAGUGUCUUCAUCAGAGACACAUCCAACAACAGUACUACAAUCAUCAAAUGCAGCAUCCUCAUCAGAAACCCAUUCAAAAUCACAAGGCACAUCAGUAACAGCUUCUACAUCAGAAAUCAGUCAUUCAACAGCAGAAGUGUCACCCAUAACUGAGGCUUCUUCACAAUCGCAUCCAACAAGGACACAAGUACCCUCAGAAACUGAAUUUUCAACAGGAACCAGGCCAGCAACAUCACAAGUGUCACCUGUAACGGAAUCUUCAUCAGAAACCAGUUCAACAAUAGCACACAUCUCAUCUAUAACUGAGUCUUCAUCAGAGCCCCACCCAACAAUGACACAACCUUCAGUAAUCUCCAAGUCUUCAACAGAAUCGCACCCACCAAACUCUUCAGUAUCACUGGUAACUGAAACUUCAUCAAAAACCCAACCAACAAUUACACCAUUAUCUUCCACAAUGGAAUCUUCAGCAGAGAUGACUUCACCAACACCACAGGUGACUGAAACUUCAUCAGAAGCCCAUGCAACAAAGAUAAACACAUCAGUAAACACUGAGGUGUCAUCAGGAGUGCAUCCUACCCCAACAGAAACCAGUUCAACAACAGCACACAUCUCAUCUUUAACUGAGUCUUCAUCAGAGCCUCACCCAACAAUGACGACACAACCUUCAGUAGUCUCCAAGUCUUCAGCAGAACCACGCCUACCAAACUCUUCAGUAUCACUGGUAACGGAAACUUCAUCAAAAACCCCACCAACAAUGACAGCAUUAUCGUCCACAAUGGUAUCUUCAGUAGAGCCGACUUCACCAACACCACCGGUGUCAUCUAUGACUGAGACUUCAUCAGAAACCCAUCCAACAAUGACAGAGACAUCAGUAAAGACUGAGGUGUCAUCAGAAGUGUAUCCUACACCAACUCAGAUCUCAGCAGUAACAUUGUCUUCAUCAGAGACAUAUCCCACAACAAUAGAAACAUCAUCAAAUGCUGCAUCCUCAUCAGAAACCCAUUCAAAAUCAAAAGGCACAUCAGUAACUGCUUCUACAUCAGAAAUCAGACAUUCAACAGCUGAAGUGUCACCCAUAACUGAGGCAUUUUCACAAUCUCAUCCAACAAUGACACAAGUACCAUCAGAAACUGAGUUUUCAACAGAAACCAGGCCAGCAACAUCACAAGUGUCACCUGUAACUGAAUCUUCAUCAGAAACCAGUUCAACCACAGCACACGUGUCAUCUAUAACUGAGCCUUUAUCAGAGCCACACCCAACAAUGACACAACCUUCCGUAGUCUCCAACUCUUCAGCAGAACCGCACCCAACGAACACUUCAGUAUCACUGAUAACUGAAACUUCAUCAAAAUCCCAACCAACAACAACACCAUUAUCAUCCACAAUGGUAUCUUCAGCAGAGACGACUUCAACAACACCACAGGUGUCACCUAUGACUGGGACUUCAUCAGCAACCCAUCCAACAAUGACACCAUUAUCAUCCACAAUGGAAUCUUCAGCUGAGACAACUUCACCAACAGCACAGGUGACUGAAACUUCAUCAGAAACCCAUGCAACAAUGAUAAACACAUCAGUAAACACUGAGGUGUCAUCAGGAGUGCAUCCUACCCCAACUCAAGUCUCAGCAGUAACAUUGUCUUCAUCAGAGACGCAUCCAACAAUAAUACAACCAUCAUCAAGGGCAGCAUCCUCAUCAGAAACCCAUUCAAAAUCACAAGGCACAUCAGUAACUGCUUCUACACCAGAAAUCAGUCAUUCAACAGCUGAAGUGUCACCCAUAACUGAGGCUUCUUCACAGUCUCAUCCAACAAGGACACAAGUACCAUCAGAAACUGAGUUUUCAACAGAAACCAGGCCAGCAACAUCACAGGUGUCACCUGUGACUGAAUCUUCUUCAGAAACCAGUUCAACAACAGCACACAUCUCAUCUUUAACUGAGUCUUCAUCGGAGACCCACCCAACAAUGACACAUCCUUCAGUAGUCUCCAAGUCCCCAGCAAAACCGCACCCACCAAACUCUUCAGUAUCACUGGUAACUGAAGUUUCAUCAAAAACCCUACCAACAAUGACGCCAUUAUUGUCCACAAUGGAAUCUUCAGCAGAGACGACUUCACCAACACCAUCGGUGUCAUCUAUGACUGAGACUUCAUCAGAAACCCAUCCAACAAUGACAGACACGUCAGUAAAGACUGAGGUGUCAUCAGGAGUGCAUUCUACACCAACUCAAGUCUCAGCAGUAACAGUGUCUUCAUCAGAGACACAUCCAACAACAAUACUACCAUCAUCAACUGCAGCAUCCUCAUCAGAACCCCAUUCAAAAUCACAAGGCACAUCGAUAACUGCUUCUACAUCAGAAAUCAGUCAUUCAACAGCGGAAGUGUCACCCAUAACUGAAGCUUCUUCACAAUCUCAUCCAACAAGGACGCAAGUCUCAUCAACAACUGCGUUUUCACCAGUAACCAGUCCAGCAACAUCACAAGUGUCGCUUGUCACUGAAUCGUCAUCAGAAACCUACCCAGCAAACAUAUCUGUGUCAUUGGUAACUAAAUCUUCAUCAGCAAUGCAUACAAAAACAAGAGAAGUAUCCUCAGUGACUGAGUCCUCAGAAGAACCCACUGCAACAACAGCAGAACUGUCGUCGAUGACUGAGACUUCAUCAGGAUCCCAUCCAUCAAUAACACACACAUCCCUGAAAACUGAACCAUCGGCAGAAACCAAUCCUACAAUGACAUACAUGUCAUCAAUAACUGAGUCUUCAUCAGAAACUAAAACACCAACACAAGCAUCAUCAACAACUCUGCCUUCAUCAGAAAUAUACACCAAACCAACACAAGUGUCAGCAGUAACAGUGUCUUCAUCAGAGACACAUCCAACAACAAUACUACUAUCAUCAAAUGCAGCAUCCUCAUCAGAAACCCAUUCAAAAUCACAAGGCACAUCGGUUACUGCUUCUACAUCAGAAAUCAGUCAUUCAACAGCUGAAUUGUCACCCAUAACUGAGGCAUUUUCACAAUCUCAUCCAACAAUGACACAAGUACCAUCAGAAACUGAGUUUUCAACAGAAACCAGGCCAGCAACAUCACAAGUAUCACCUGUAACUGAAUCUUCAUCAGAAACCAGUUCAACCACAGCACACGUGUCAUCUGUAACUGAGCCUUUAUCAGAGCCACACCCAACAAUGACACAACCUUCCGUAGUCUCCAACUCUUCAGCAGAACCGCACCCAACGAACACUUCAGUAUCACUGAUAACUGAAACUUCAUUGAAAUCCCAACCAACAACACCAUUAUCAUCCACAAUGGUAUCUUCAGCAGAGACGAAUUCAACAACACCACAGGUGUCACCUAUGACUGGGACUUCAUCAGCAACCCAUCCAACAAUGACACCAUUAUUAUCCACAAUGGAAUCUUCAGCUGAGACAACUUCACCAACAGCACAGGUGACUGAAACUUCAUCAGAAACCCAUGCAACAAUGAUAAACACAUCAGUAAACACUGAGGUGUCAUCAGGAGUGCAUCCUACCCCAACUCAAGUCUCAGCAGUAACAUUGUCUUCAUCAGAGACGCAUCCAACAAUAAUAGAACCAUCAUCAAGAGCAGCAUCCUCAUCAGAAACCCAUUCAAAAUCACAAGGCAUAUCAGUAACUGCUUCUACACCAGAAAUCAGUCAUUCAACAGCUGAAGUGUCACCCAUAACCGAGGCUUCUUCACAGCCUCAUCCAACAAGGACACAAGUACCAUCAGAAACUGAGUUUUCAACAGAAACCAGGCCAGCAACAUCACAGGUGUCACCUGUGACUGAAUCUUCUUCAGAAACCAGUUCAACAACAGCACACAUCUCAUCUUUAACUGAGUCUUCAUCGGAGACCCACCCAACAAUGACACAUCCUUCAGUAGUCUCCAAGUCCCCAGCAGAACCGCACCCACCAAACUCUUCAGUAUCACUGGUAACUGAAGUUUCAUCAAAAACCCUACCAACAAUGACACCAUUAUUGUCCACAAUGGAAUCUUCAGCAGAGACGACUUCACCAACACCACCGGUGUCAUCUAUGACUGAGACUUCAUCAGAAACCCAUCCAACAAUGACAGACACGUCAGUAAAGACUGAGGUGUCAUCAGGAGUGCAUUCUACACCAACUCAAGUCUCAGCAGUAACAGUGUCUUCAUCAGAGACACAUCCAACAACAAUACUACCAUCAUCAACUGCAGCAUCCUCAUCAGAACCCCAUUCAAAAUCACAAGGCACAUCGAUAACUGCUUCUACAUCAGAAAUCAGUCAUUCAACAGCGGAAGUGUCACCCAUAACUGAAGCUUCUUCACAAUCUCAUCCAACAAGGACGCAAGUCUCAUCAACAACUGCGUUUUCACCAGUAACCAGUCCAGCAACAUCACAAGUGUCGCUUGUCACUGAAUCGUCAUCAGAAACCUACCCAGCAAACAUAUCUGUGUCAUUGGUAACUGAAUCUUCAUCAGCAAUGCAUACAAAAACAAGAGAAGUAUCCUCAGUGACUGAGUCCUCAGAAGAACCCACUGCAACAACAGCAGAACUGUCGUCGAUGACUGAGACUUCAUCAGGAUCCCAGCCAUCAACAACGCACACAUCCCUGAAAACUGAACCAUCGGCAGAAACCAAUCCUACAAUGACAUACAUGUCAUCAAUAACUGAGUCUUCAUCAGAAACUAAAAAACCAACACAAGCAUCAUCAACAACUCUGCCUUCAUCAGAAAUAUACACCAAACCAACACAAGUGUCAGCAGUAACAGUGUCUUCAUCAGAGACACAUCCAACAACAAUACUACAAUCAUCAAAUGCAGCAUCCUCAUCAGAAACCCAUUCAAAAUCACAAGGCACAUCAGUAACUGCUUCUACAUCAGAAAUCAGUCAUUCAACAGCAGAAGUGUCACCCAUAACUGAGGCUUCUUCACAAUCGCAUCCAACAAGGACACAAGUACCCUCAGAAACUGAAUUUUCAACAGGAACCAGGCCAGCAACAUCACAAGUGUCACCUGUAACGGAAUCUUCAUCAGAAACCAGUUCAACAAUAGCACACAUCUCAUCUAUAACUGAGUCUUCAUCAGAGCCCCACCCAACAAUGACACAACCUUCAGUAAUCUCCAAGUCUUCAACAGAAUCGCACCCACCAAACUCUUCAGUAUCACUGGUAACUGAAACUUCAUCAAAAACCCAACCAACAAUUACACCAUUAUCUUCCACAAUGGAAUCUUCAGCAGAGAUGACUUCACCAACACCACAGGUGACUGAAACUUCAUCAGAAGCCCAUGCAACAAAGAUAAACACAUCAGUAAACACUGAGGUGUCAUCAGGAGUGCAUCCUACCCCAACAGAAACCAGUUCAACAACAGCACACAUCUCAUCUUUAACUGAGUCUUCAUCAGAGCCUCACCCAACAAUGACACAACCUUCAGUAGUCUCCAAGUCUUCAGCAGAACCACGCCUACCAAACUCUUCAGUAUCACUGGUAACGGAAACUUCAUCAAAAACCCCACCAACAAUGACAGCAUUAUCGUCCACAAUGGUAUCUUCAGUAGAGCCGACUUCACCAACACCACCGGUGUCAUCUAUGACUGAGACUUCAUCAGAAACCCAUCCAACAAUGACAGAGACAUCAGUAAAGACUGAGGUGUCAUCAGAAGUGUAUCCUACACCAACUCAGAUCUCAGCAGUAACAUUGUCUUCAUCAGAGACAUAUCCCACAACAAUAGAAACAUCAUCAAAUGCUGCAUCCUCAUCAGAAACCCAUUCAAAAUCAAAAGGCACAUCAGUAACUGCUUCUACAUCAGAAAUCAGACAUUCAACAGCUGAAGUGUCACCCAUAACUGAGGCAUUUUCACAAUCUCAUCCAACAAUGACACAAGUACCAUCAGAAACUGAGUUUUCAACAGAAACCAGGCCAGCAACAUCACAAGUGUCACCUGUAACUGAAUCUUCAUCAGAAACCAGUUCAACCACAGCACACGUGUCAUCUAUAACUGAGCCUUUAUCAGAGCCACACCCAACAAUGACACAACCUUCCGUAGUCUCCAACUCUUCAGCAGAACCGCACCCAACGAACACUUCAGUAUCACUGAUAACUGAAACUUCAUCAAAAUCCCAACCAACAACAACACCAUUAUCAUCCACAAUGGUAUCUUCAGCAGAGACGACUUCAACAACACCACAGGUGUCACCUAUGACUGGGACUUCAUCAGCAACCCAUCCAACAAUGACACCAUUAUCAUCCACAAUGGAAUCUUCAGCUGAGACAACUUCACCAACAGCACAGGUGACUGAAACUUCAUCAGAAACCCAUGCAACAAUGAUAAACACAUCAGUAAACACUGAGGUGUCAUCAGGAGUGCAUCCUACCCCAACUCAAGUCUCAGCAGUAACAUUGUCUUCAUCAGAGACGCAUCCAACAAUAAUACAACCAUCAUCAAGGGCAGCAUCCUCAUCAGAAACCCAUUCAAAAUCACAAGGCAUAUCAGUAACUGCUUCUACACCAGAAAUCAGUCAUUCAACAGCUGAAGUGUCACCCAUAACCGAGGCUUCUUCACAGCCUCAUCCAACAAGGACACAAGUACCAUCAGAAACUGAGUUUUCAACAGAAACCAGGCCAGCAACAUCACAGGUGUCACCUGUGACUGAAUCUUCUUCAGAAACCAGUUCAACAACAGCACACAUCUCAUCUUUAACUGAGUCUUCAUCGGAGACCCACCCAACAAUGACACAUCCUUCAGUAGUCUCCAAGUCCCCAGCAGAACCGCACCCACCAAACUCUUCAGUAUCACUGGUAACUGAAGUUUCAUCAAAAACCCUACCAACAAUGACACCAUUAUUGUCCACAAUGGAAUCUUCAGCAGAGACGACUUCACCAACACCACCGGUGUCAUCUAUGACUGAGACUUCAUCAGAAACCCAUCCAACAAUGACAGACACGUCAGUAAAGACUGAGGUGUCAUCAGGAGUGCAUUCUACACCAACUCAAGUCUCAGCAGUAACAGUGUCUUCAUCAGAGACACAUCCAACAACAAUACUACCAUCAUCAACUGCAGCAUCCUCAUCAGAACCCCAUUCAAAAUCACAAGGCACAUCGAUAACUGCUUCUACAUCAGAAAUCAGUCAUUCAACAGCGGAAGUGUCACCCAUAACUGAAGCUUCUUCACAAUCUCAUCCAACAAGGACGCAAGUCUCAUCAACAACUGCGUUUUCACCAGUAACCAGUCCAGCAACAUCACAAGUGUCGCUUGUCACUGAAUCGUCAUCAGAAACCUACCCAGCAAACAUAUCUGUGUCAUUGGUAACUGAAUAUUCAUCAGCAAUGCAUACAAAAACAAGAGAAGUAUCCUCAGUGACUGAGUCCUCAGAAGAACCCACUGCAACAACAGCAGAACUGUCGUCGAUGACUGAGACUUCAUCAGGAUCCCAGCCAUCAACAACGCACACAUCCCUGAAAACUGAACCAUCGGCAGAAACCAAUCCUACAAUGACAUACAUGUCAUCAAUAACUGAGUCUUCAUCAGAAACUAAAAAACCAACACAAGCAUCAUCAACAACUCUGCCUUCAUCAGAAAUAUACACCAAACCAACACAAGUGUCAGCAGUAACAGUGUCUUCAUCAGAGACACAUCCAACAACAAUACUACAAUCAUCAAAUGCAGCAUCCUCAUCAGAAACCCAUUCAAAAUCACAAGGCACAUCAGUAACUGCUUCUACAUCAGAAAUCAGUCAUUCAACAGCAGAAGUGUCACCCAUAACUGAGGCUUCUUCACAAUCGCAUCCAACAAGGACACAAGUACCCUCAGAAACUGAAUUUUCAACAGGAACCAGGCCAGCAACAUCACAAGUGUCACCUGUAACGGAAUCUUCAUCAGAAACCAGUUCAACAAUAGCACACAUCUCAUCUAUAACUGAGUCUUCAUCAGAGCCCCACCCAACAAUGACACAACCUUCAGUAAUCUCCAAGUCUUCAACAGAAUCGCACACACCAAACUCUUCAGUAUCACUGGUAACUGAAACUUCAUCAAAAACCCAACCAACAAUUACACCAUUAUCUUCCACAAUGGAAUCUUCAGCAGAGAUGACUUCACCAACACCACAGGUGACUGAAACUUCAUCAGAAGCCCAUGCAACAAAGAUAAACACAUCAGUAAACACUGAGGUGUCAUCAGGAGUGCAUCCUACCCCAACAGAAACCAGUUCAACAACAGCACACAUCUCAUCUUUAACUGAGUCUUCAUCAGAGCCUCACCCAACAAUGACACAACCUUCAGUAGUCUCCAAGUCUUCAGCAGAACCACGCCUACCAAACUCUUCAGUAUCACUGGUAACGGAAACUUCAUCAAAAACCCCACCAACAAUGACAGCAUUAUCGUCCACAAUGGUAUCUUCAGUAGAGCCGACUUCACCAACACCACCGGUGUCAUCUAUGACUGAGACUUCAUCAGAAACCCAUCCAACAAUGACAGAGACAUCAGUAAAGACUGAGGUGUCAUCAGAAGUGUAUCCUACACCAACUCAGAUCUCAGCAGUAACAUUGUCUUCAUCAGAGACAUAUCCCACAACAAUAGAAACAUCAUCAAAUGCUGCAUCCUCAUCAGAAACCCAUUCAAAAUCAAAAGGCACAUCAGUAACUGCUUCUACAUCAGAAAUCAGACAUUCAACAGCUGAAGUGUCACCCAUAACUGAGGCAUUUUCACAAUCUCAUCCAACAAUGACACAAGUACCAUCAGAAACUGAGUUUUCAACAGAAACCAGGCCAGCAACAUCACAAGUGUCACCUGUAACUGAAUCUUCAUCAGAAACCAGUUCAACCACAGCACACGUGUCAUCUAUAACUGAGCCUUUAUCAGAGCCACACCCAACAAUGACACAACCUUCCGUAGUCUCCAACUCUUCAGCAGAACCGCACCCAACGAACACUUCAGUAUCACUGAUAACUGAAACUUCAUCAAAAUCCCAACCAACAACAACACCAUUAUCAUCCACAAUGGUAUCUUCAGCAGAGACGACUUCAACAACACCACAGGUGUCACCUAUGACUGGGACUUCAUCAGCAACCCAUCCAACAAUGACACCAUUAUCAUCCACAAUGGAAUCUUCAGCUGAGACAACUUCACCAACAGCACAGGUGACUGAAACUUCAUCAGAAACCCAUGCAACAAUGAUAAACACAUCAGUAAACACUGAGGUGUCAUCAGGAGUGCAUCCUACCCCAACUCAAGUCUCAGCAGUAACAUUGUCUUCAUCAGAGACGCAUCCAACAAUAAUACAACCAUCAUCAAGGGCAGCAUCCUCAUCAGAAACCCAUUCAAAAUCACAAGGCACAUCAGUAACUGCUUCUACACCAGAAAUCAGUCAUUCAACAGCUGAAGUGUCACCCAUAACUGAGGCUUCUUCACAGUCUCAUCCAACAAGGACACAAGUACCAUCAGAAACUGAGUUUUCAACAGAAACCAGGCCAGCAACAUCACAGGUGUCACCUGUGACUGAAUCUUCUUCAGAAACCAGUUCAACAACAGCACACAUCUCAUCUUUAACUGAGUCUUCAUCGGAGACCCACCCAACAAUGACACAUCCUUCAGUAGUCUCCAAGUCCCCAGCAAAACCGCACCCACCAAACUCUUCAGUAUCACUGGUAACUGAAGUUUCAUCAAAAACCCUACCAACAAUGACGCCAUUAUUGUCCACAAUGGAAUCUUCAGCAGAGACGACUUCACCAACACCAUCGGUGUCAUCUAUGACUGAGACUUCAUCAGAAACCCAUCCAACAAUGACAGACACGUCAGACGCAAGUCUCAUCAACAACUGCGUUUUCACCAGUAACCAGUCCAGCAACAUCACAAGUGUCGCUUGUCACUGA